GAGAGAUAAAGAGAGAAGGAGAGAAAGAAGGAACGAAACUACAUUUGCAGAGAAAAAAACCAAUCCAGAGGAAGAGGGAAACCAUCAGAGAAGACAAUGUCGUGGCAAACUUACGUCGACGAACAUCUUAUGUGCGAUAUUGAUGGCCAGCCCGGUCACUGUCUCAAGGCCGCGGCCAUCAUCGGUCACGACGGAAGCGUUUGGGCUCAGAGCGCUUCAUUCCCUCCGUUUAAGGCUGAGGAGGUCACAGGUAUCAUGAAUGAUUUUAAUGAACCCGGCUACCUUGCUCCUACUGGCUUAUUCCUUGGGGGAGUAAAAUACAUGGUUAUCCAAGGAGAACCUGGAGCUGUGAUCCGUGGAAAGAAGGGAUCUGGGGGAGUUACUAUAAAGAAGACGACUCAAGCUCUAAUUUUUGGUGUCUAUGAGGAGCCUGUGGCUCCAGGACAGUGCAACAUGAUUGUGGAGAGGUUGGGAGACUACCUCAUUGAUCAGGGCCUGUAGGUCUGGGUUGCAACUGUGAUCUAAUUUUCCCAUUGAAUGUAAUUUUUGUCUAUUUUCCCCUCCCAUUUUUAGCAUCUCUUUGCCUUAUCUUUUUUCCAUUGAUUAUGUGCUUGCAUCUUCUUCCUUGAUUAGCCAUGUAUUCGCAGUGGAGUUAUUGCAAACAAUAACUGUGUGAGGACAUAUAAGCAUUUAUUUGGUAUCUUAGGAUCGUUUGUUCUUUU